CAUUGUUCAGAGAGCAUGUGUUGCAGCCAACCUUUUCUUCUUAAAGACAGGCUGUCCCUCUUAAAGGGAAGCUGUGCUGAAGAAUAUUUCUGCAAUUUAAAUGAUGGCAAAGUGAACACAGGGAAAGAGAGAGAUGCCCAGGGAAACAGAGGUAAUGCUGGAGGCAUUAAUGGUGGAGGUGAACAGGAGGAGUUUCCACGGGGAGCCAGGAAGUCUUCAAGGAUCACCCUCAGAAGAGAGUGGCCAGGGAGGUUAAUUCCCUUUGUCUGGACUUGAGGACCUAGCAGCAGUGCCACAAGAAAUCCAAUGUCCUCACGUGAGCAGUCGAGCCUGGUAUUCAAUAUCAUGUGCAUUUCAGUGAAGAGGGAGAUGCCAAGAGGAUAAAAAAGGCUUGCAAAGGAGCAGGAACAGAUGAAGUCACUAUUAUCAAAAUCCUUGCAAGUCGCUCGACAGAACAGAGACAGAAGAUAAAAGAGAAAUACAGAGCUUUGUAUGGCAAAGAUUUGGUAAAAAUGCUAAAAGGUGACCUCAGCGGGUGCUUAGAAAAGACAAUCUUGGCCUUGCUGGACCGUCCCUGUGAAUUUGAUGCCAAGUUGUUAAAGGAGGCAAUGAAAGGAGUUGGAACUCAUGAAGAUAUCCUCAUUGAGAUUCUCUGCACUCGAGCUAAUUCGCAAAUUGCAGCCAUAAAAGAAGCGUACAAGCAAAUGUUUCCAAGUGAUCUGGCAAUUGAUGUUCAAAGUGACACCAGUGGCACGUUGAGGAAAUUGCUACUCUCAUUGCUUGAGGCCGACCGAGAUGAGGGAUUCGAAGUCAAUGAAAGCCUGGCUGAACGAGAUGCCAAAGAGCUGCAUGAGGCUGGAGAAAAUCGCUGGGGUACAGAUGAACUGGCAUUUAAUACUGUUUUAACAAAAAGAAACUGUAUGCAGUUAAGGGCUACUUUUAAAGCCUAUGAAAUACUCCAUGGUGCAGCCAUCGAGGAAGUCAUUAAAAAAGAAACCUCAGGUGAUGUGGAGAAGGCCUAUAUGACAAUUGUUCAAUGCACAAAGGAUUGUCAGGCGUAUUUUGCCGAGGUGUUACAUGAGGCAAUGAAAGGUGCAGGAACCAACGAGGACACACUGAUUCGCAUCGUGGUAUCUCGCUCAGAGGUUGAUCUUCCAUCCAUUAAGGAGAGGUAUCAGGACAUGUACAAGAAGUCUCUAGCAGAGGCAGUCAAAUCUGAGACGUCCGGGGAUUUCCAGAAAGUUCUGCUGGCCUUAAUAAAAUAAGAGGCAAUCGAACCUGGGACACUACUUUAAGCAAUGUGCCUUACAGUGUCCUGAUAAUAUGCAAUGUACAAACCCAUGUUGGUUAUGAGAUUUGACAUGGCCAUGAGUAUGAUCCUAUCAUAAAUUAUGGCUUUUUGAAAAAAAAUUAUGAAGUUAUUUCUUUUGGGGCGAAAGAAUUUACCAAUUUUGACAAAUACAUGAAGGGAUAAAAUUUUUGUGAGGUAUGGGAAGAGAGCUGAUGAGUGGUACUAGUUAGUAGCUCUACCAAAGAGCCAGCACAGGCCCCAAUGGGCUGAACAGCCUCCUUCUGUACAGUAUCAUUCUAUGAUUAGAACCAGUGUGGUGGUGUUACAGAUCACUCAUGGAAUCCGAGUUGCUGUAGCAACAUGCACAUUGUAGUCUGGAGAUAUAGAUAGUGAUGGUAGAGGCUCCAACUUUCUUUCCAUCACAUGGCUGACCAGGAAUCUCCUCCACUCUUACCGCGUGUGUUGGAAGGAUUUGCACAUUGAUACUAAACCUGUCUGGCCAUGUCGUGAACACACCUUCCUUGGCCCUCUGAUCCUGAGGUGGGACCUGAACCCAGAGCUUCUGAGGAACACACCUCAUCACAAGACCUCCUUAUAGGAAGCAAUGUACGUUGAUCCAAAUGCUUUCUGUCUUAAUAGCAUCAGUCGUACUAUUUUCUAUAUUUCAAACCCAAAGUUGUUCAUACUUCCCAGAGAAAAAGGUAUAAUACUGUAUAUGAAGAAGAAGCAGACUGUCCAAUUGGGUUCAUCAGGUUAAUUUGCUGGAAAUUCUGGAAUCUGGAGUUGUGAAAAUUCAGUUCACCUCGAGGAUGGAUUCAAAAUACUCCCAAGACUGAUCAGAGGGACUCAACCUUUUGUCAGGUGUAGCUCUGUAGGUAGCACUUUCAUUUCUGUAUCAGAAGGUUGUGUGUUCAAGUCCCACUCUAGGAUUAAGCUCCCAAAUCUAGGCUGGCACUCCAGUGCAGUAAACCAAGCUCCUGUCUGUCCCCUCAAUGGAUACAGAAGAUCCCACGCUGCUUUUUCAAAGAAGAGCAGGGGAGUUCUCCUUGGUGUCCUGGCCAAUAUUUAUCCUUCAACCAACAUUGCAAAAACAGUUUCUCUGGUCAUUAUCACUUUGCUUUUUGUGGGAGCUUGCUAUGCACAAAUUGGCUGCUGCAUUUCCUAUAUUACAACAGUGACUGCACUUCAAAAUUCAUUGGUUGUAAAGCACUUUGAGAUGACCUGUGGUUUUGAAAGGUGCUAUAGGAAUGCAAGUCUUUCUUUUAAGGGCCCAAUGCAAGAUAUGUCCUGGGCACUCACAAUGGAUAUGUACUCAGCACAAGCCCCAGCUUCAACCAGCUCAUGAUUUUCUCAAACAACUUAAUCACCUCCCCUGAGAAGAGGUAAGGAUGCUUGAUGCGGGAAACAUAAAUGUCACACUGGCGCAGUAGGAGGUGUUGUUUUGAGGCUGCUAACCAAUCAGCGCUCUCUUCACAUACAAUAUAAAUUGUUGUUUUCCCCUUCAUAUUGGUAUUCAUUUGAGAGUCCUGACAAGUGCAAAAUGAAAAGCUCAGACAUGUCUCUUUUUUCAGCAAUACUUAAGGUUGAUUGUAGGAGUAGUGUAAAGCGAGUGUUAUUCUGAGUCCGGCCUGUUCUAUCUCCGGCCCAGGAACGCAAGGAUCUCAUAGUGCUCGUCCAAAAUGCGAAAAGGUGUACCAUUCUAUCACCUUAAUAAGUAUCAGAUGCUUGGGACCAAAAAACCCAGAAAAUCUAGGGGAUUUUUAAGACUUGUUUGAUUCAUAGUUUUCCAUAAAAAUGACCUUUAUGAUCCAUUGUAAUUGUAUGGUAUAAUAUAUUUUACCUGUAUAAUAUAAUUUUCAUUUUGACACAAUCAGUAUAAACAGAAAUGAGACCCAGGUUAAUAAAUUAUCUUAUGUUUAUCAUGUCAAAAA